GAGCUUGUGCACUAAUCUGUCAUUCGUCUCCUGCUUUUCUCACCUUCUCUCUCCUCUCGCAGCUUUUUAUUUUCCGAGAAAAAGACCCUAGAGAGAAAAGAAAGAAGCUUCUUCAAUGGCGUCGUCUUCUCAGAAAUUGACCUCUGUUUGCUUCGCCGUCCUCGUCCUCGUCCUCUUAGCUCUCACCGCAACGAUUUUCCGGAAGCUUGAAAUCCCUAGCUCCAGGAAGCUGAAAACAGAGGAGCUGCAGAGCUCAGAGAACAACAGCUCGAUAAUGGCGGCGAAGAGGGUUAAAGGUGUGGAGUUGAAUGAACAACACGCGGUUAGUGAUCCAGAUAGGGUCGCUGAUGAAGUCGCUACGCUUGUUCAGAUGAGCGAACAUAACAACACAGCAAGGAGAAAGCUUGGAUUCUUCUCUUGUGGAACCGGUAAUCCAAUCGAUGACUGCUGGCGUUGUGACCAUAACUGGCAUAAGAACCGUAAACGCCUCGCCGACUGUGGGAUUGGUUUUGGACGCAACGCUAUUGGUGGUCGUGAUGGACGCUUCUACAUUGUUACUGACCCCACUGAUGACGACGUUAUUAACCCCAAACCAGGAACUCUACGCCACGCCGUUAUCCAGGAGGAGCCUCUGUGGAUCGUGUUCAAGAGAGACAUGGUGAUUGAGCUGAAACAGGAGCUGAUUAUGAACAGUUUCAAGACCAUUGAUGGUCGUGGUUCCAAUGUCCAUAUAGCCAAUGGUGCUUGCAUCACUAUCCAGUUUAUCACCAAUGUUAUCAUUCAUGGUCUUCACAUUCAUGAUUGCAUACCUACUGGAAACGCAAUGGUUAGAAGCUCCCCAUCUCAUUUUGGUUGGAGGACAAUGGCUGAUGGUGAUGCAGUCUCUAUCUUUGGAUCGUCUCAUAUCUGGAUUGAUCAUAACUCUCUCUCUCACUGUGCCGAUGGACUUGUUGACGCUGUCAUGGGUUCCACUGCUAUUACCGUUUCCAAUAACCACUUCACACACCACAAUGAGGUGAUGUUGCUAGGCCACAGUGAUUCCUACACAAAAGACAAGGUGAUGCAAGUGACCAUUGCUUACAACCAUUUUGGAAAAGGAUUGGUUCAGAGAAUGCCGAGGUGCAGACAUGGGUAUUUCCAUGUGGUUAACAACGACUACACACACUGGGAGAUGUAUGCAAUUGGUGGAAGUGCAGAGCCAACCAUCAACAGUCAAGGAAACAGAUAUGCUGCUCCCAUGGAUCGUUUCGCCAAGGAGGUAACAAAAAGAGUAGGGACAGAUGCAGAUGAUUGGAAGAAGUGGAACUGGAGGUCGGAAGGAGAUCUUCUACUGAAUGGAGCAUUCUUCAGGGCAUCAGGAACAGAAGCUUCAGCUAGCUACGGAAGAGCCUCGAGCUUAGCAGCUAAACCAUCAUCAAUGGUCCACACGAUAACCUCUACUGCAGGAGCACUAGGUUGCCGCAAAGGCAGGCCUUGCUAGUUCCCUCUGUCUCUAACUAACCCUUUCCCAUAUCUUUGGAAAGUGAAUAGAAAGUAGUAGUAGUAGCGCUCUUCUUCUUUAUCGUUUCGUUUUGGGUCAGGUCAUAUCACCACUUUGUUUUCUUCCCGGUGGUAGAAAUUUGUCAACCUCUGGCUUGCUUCUUUUUACAAAAAAUUGGGAAUACAGAGAGGAGCAAGCACAGAAGCGUUGUUCAAAGGUUUCUUUCGUUUUAGGUCUACAAGUCUCUUAUGGGAUUUAGUUCUCGUUUGGUUUUGGAUUUGGAGUUGUUAAGGUCCCUUUGGUUUUAAUGGAUCUCACUCCCUUGAGUUCUAGACUCUGUUUUUGGGUUUAUCUUUCAAGUUAGUGAUCAUACUAAAGCAAAAUUUGUAACAAAAGACGAUUGAAAGGCAUUUCUUGAUUUGAUUGCAGUGUC